UGAACCGAUUUUCGACCAUUCAUUGAUACCAACUGUGGAUUUUAGUGUCGGUUAGUGCUAAGUGCAGAAUGGCGUUACUCAAAGUGAGUUGUCUAGUCAUCCUUCUGGCGGUCGGAAAUGUACGGAGUGAAGAUGUAGAGGCUGAUUUGGAAACAGCAGAGACGGCGCUGUUGGCAAAGAAGAUUUUGCUUCUGAAAGGAUUGGGUCUUGGUGGAGUUUUGCUGGCUUCGCAAAACUCUGGUGGUUCUUCCGGACUAGGUGGAUUUGGUGGAUUUGGUGGCCUAGGAGGAUUGAGCAGUAAAUUUAGCGGAUUGAGCGGUGGUAAUUCUGUUUCACUUGAUUACGCUCCUCCUCCUCCACCGCCACCACAAGCCUACAACUAUGCACCAAGCUAUUAUUCUGCGCCGGCCCCUGUCCCCACAUACUCCAGCUACAGUGCAAGCUACGUAGAAGCCCCAGCACCGGCUCCAGCUCCGAUCCCUAUUCCAGCACCUCCUCCACCACCACCGGUUACGUACUCAGCGCCUGCUCCACCACAGGUGACAUACUCAGCGCCGGCUCCACAACCUAUUACGUACUCGGCGCCUGCUCCACCCUCACUAACAUACACAGCGCCCGCUCCUGCACCAGUUGCUUACGCUAACGCACCACAAGUAGCUACCGGCUACACUGGAAACCUCCAGCUAGUUGGUAUCCUAACACCUGUACACUCAGUGCAAGCAGCAGCCCCGGUCAGUUACUCUAGUCAAGUUUCAACCGGAUACUAUAGCGCACCACAGCCAGUAUCGUCCGGACAACCAUGUGACAACUAGACAUCGAGCGUAAAUCUCCAUAUUUGCUCAUCACCUUCCCACCAUCGUCCAGGGAUACUAAAAUGCUCAUACCAGUAUGCUAAGAAUUUGCACUUUUUUAUCGAAGUACUAACUCGACAGCGUUACGACACUGAAAACACACAGUUCACCAACCAGAAUGCAACGAAAGUCUCGAUUAUUCCAACCAAAGUAUUAUCAUUAUUUAUCUUCGCCAUUAGUGGGAAUAAAACUAGCAUUAAAAUGAGAUAUGUAUCCGUUUGUCAUCCGCUGGCGUGGACAGGCAUUCAGUCACCUAAAAAGGUGAACGCACUAUUGCACACACUGUAGCCACUGCCACCCCGAAACCCGCCGCGUGCUAUGACUACCGCACUUAAAAUGCAUAAAUUAUGUAGAACGAGCGUUAAAUAAGCUGUUGUUUGUUGAACUUGACCGAAAUUGCCCACUGCAGCAUCGACUUUUACUAUGCGUUCUCCUCUGAGAAUUAUGUCAGAUUGCAAUUUUGGUAUGAAUACAUUUGAAAUAAUUUUAGAUGGAUAAAUAAGGGGAAUGAUUAUUACAAAUUGUUAUUAUAUGAAGUAAUCAAUUAGUUACAAGCGGUGAUUCAUUUUAACGAUAUACUGACUUACGCAGGGUAUCGAAUGUCUUCGGUAGUGAUUUUCUUCGGCAGGCUUUUGCAUAAGAUUGCUACAGAAAACCUACCGAAGAAAAUCACUGACGAAGACGUUCGAUACUUUAGUUGGAAUUAUUUUGUUAGAGAAUGCGCUAAUGAUCGAAUUCUUAAAGUGGUUUCUCUCUUCUUGCAAACUGCUCCAUAUUUUUACAGGGUGUUUUUACUGAUUGUUUACAGUUUCCGCAUCUUUUAUUUUAAGAUUUGCAAGUUUAUCCAAACCUUUAGGAAUUAUAAUUCCAUUUUGGAAAAAUAGGCUUUAGACGUGGGUUAGAGGGUUGUUGUUGAGGAAACAAGCUUCUCAUAACUGUAAUCGUGACCUUGACCUGCACUUGAGAAGAUUUGAGCGUGAACGAUAAUUUUAUGUACCAAAAGUAUCUGACAAUUCAACUAAAAUUAAUUCAGUUAAAUGACGCUUAUGCAGCCGCUAAAUACAGACCUCAUUUCAUACUCUAUCUAUCAACUGUAAUAAGGUAGCAUUCAAAUACACUCUCAGUGCUGAGUCGAUGAUCCGAAAAAAAAAAUUAUUGAACUCCCGAUUACAAAAUCUUUCCGACCAUCGUAUCAAUUUUUAUUCCUUUUUUUUUUGUUCUGGUAUACUUAAUUAAUAGCCGAACCGCUUGAAGCUUUUUGCCGGAGUUUAUGCAGUUCAAUUAUAACUGUACUAUUAAAAUUUUAAAUUUUAUUGUGUGGCAAAGCUAUAAUAAGUUUCAAAAUCUGUUUUUCAAAUCUAUGUUUUGUUGUUCGCGUUUAUUUUUAUUUCUCUUAAUGUUGACAAAUAAAGUUUAUAUUGAAUGUUUGAAUUCUGCAAAAUUUCAACACAAAAUCAUUAACCAAAAUUGUAACGAAAUGUUUCGUUUUUCCGCUGUUUUAUAAAGUAAUGGUACAACAUAUAUGGUCUGAUCUGUUCUAACCGUUAAUUAAUUCACUCAGCCUUAGCAAACUGCACAUUUUCGUUUUAUUCUCUGCAGUCAUUGAUCGGAAAGGUUUUCAAAUACAACACAAUCCAAACAAUACCGAACUAAUUAUUGCGCAGAAAAUCGACUCAUCCAAACAAUACAAUAGUGUCACGAAUAAAACUAAAAACCAUUAGUAGUUUGAAGUGCAUUCGUUAUUUGCUGCUCGAGUAGUGUAGCGUCCGCAAUGUCAAACUCUACGAAUUUUCUGCUUCUGAGCAUUCUGGUCUUGACAUCGGUCUGUGCUUAUCCGCAAUCAUUACCAGCAGAACAGCCGGUGGAACCGAAGAUAGAAGAAACACAAAGUGAAGCAAGUGACGAAAAACCUGUUCCGGAGAUUUUUAACACCCCUCCGGAUGUUGAGGUGAACUUCCAAGCCAGUUCCGGCCCCGUGGUACCCGAAAAGUUGGUGUCGGCGCGAAGUGGAGAUUUAACUCAAUCGGAAACGGCCGCCGCCUACAGUUAUUUCUACCCAAGAGUGUACUACUAUCCGCCUAAGUUUCUCUGGAAUCCGUAUUACUACUAUUACUACUGGUGGCUGUAGGAGAAGGGCUGUGGUAGCAAUGUAGAACAGUGUUUGUUUGAAUAGAAGAACCAUUGUAUGGAAGCAUUAGUUUCUGUUUAAGAAAUGAAUCGGUGAAUUUCAUGAUUAGUGCCAUUAUCAGUAAGAACCAAAAAAUGUCUUAUUGUCAGUGUAGAAUUUAUAGUAAACAUAAGCGCCAAACGCGUAUUGUCACUUGCAACAGUGCGAUAGUAGUCACAUAUUGCACACAAUUCAGUUUCAUAUAGGCUUGAAUUAAAUCAUUUUCCAGUUUUCUAGCCAAAUUAAUUACCAUCACUAGUUUUUAACUAUCGCAUAACAAGGAUAUAUGUUUAUGUUAUUUAUUUACCAAAAAUCAUUUUUAUUAAACAAAUUAAUGACUAGUAUUGAUCGUAAUGUUUUGUCAAAUUAUAAUUAAUUUUUGUACCCCAUGGUUUUAACGAUAUAUUCAGUAUAAUUACAAUUGUUUCCGACGGAUCUCUAAGCUUGUGAUUAUGUAUGAGUAACGCUGCAACGUGAAAUUUUUGUUCACAAAACUUUCUUUUACAAAAUUCAACGUAAUUUUAAAUUUGAUUUUGUAACGGUAACAGAAUGCAUUUUAAAAUAAAAAUAAACCAAUCUGCACAAAGAAGAUCUAUCAUAAUGGUGUACUUAUCUUUAUAGGCAAGAUAGAAUAAUAACAAUAAACCGAGUUAUUUUAUUUCGAAAAACAA